UGAAGUUUGUGCGAACAUGGCGGAUUUCCUGCCGACCAGGUCCGUGUUAAAAGUUUGCCUGCCCGUCUGCCUGCUCAACAGCGGCGAGGUGGAACAGACGCGAAAGUCUAAGGAGAUCGACAAAUGUAUCUCCCGGGAGAAAACGUACGUGAAGCGGCUGGUAAAGAUCCUGCUGUUGGGCGCUGGCGAGAGCGGCAAGUCGACUUUCCUCAAACAAAUGCGGAUCAUCCACGGCCAGGACUUCGACCAGCAAGCGCGCGAGGACUUCAAGGGCACGAUUUACUGCAACGUUAUCAAAGGUGUCCGUGUGUUGGUAGACGCCCGCGAGAAGCUGCACAUCCCGUGGGGUGACCAGGACAACCAGAAGCACGGGGACACCCUGAUGGCCUUCGACACCCGCUCGUCUAAGGUGGCGAGCGGGAAUCUGGACACGUCGGUGUUUCUGCAGUACCUGCCCGCCAUCUCAGCUCUGUGGGCCGACUCGGGCAUACAGCAUGCCUACGAUCGUCGCAGGGAGUUUCAGCUGGGUGAGUCAGUGAAGUAUUUCUUGGAUAAUCUGGAUAAGCUCCGCAAGCCGGAUUAUCUGCCCAGUCAGCAGGACAUCCUGCUGGCCCGUAAGCCCACCAAGGGGAUCCAUGAGUAUGACUUCGAGAUCAAGAACGUUCCCUUUAAGAUGGUGGACGUGGGGGGGCAGCGGUCAGAGCGGAGGCGGUGGUUUGAGUGUUUCGACUCCGUCACCUCCAUCCUCUUCCUCGUAUCGUCCUCCGAAUACGACCAGGUGCUGAUGGAGGACAGGCUGACCAACCGGCUCCGUGAGUCACUCAACAUCUUCGAGACCAUCGUCAACAACCGCGUCUUCUUCAACGUUUCCAUCAUCCUCUUCCUGAACAAGACGGACCUGCUGGAGGAGAAGGUGAAAAUCGUUCCGCUCAAAGACUACUUUCCCGAAUACACUGGACCGGAGCACAGCCUGAUCGACAUCCAGGCCUUCAUGGUGGACUGCUUCCGGGCCAAGAGGCGCGACACCACGCUGAAACCCCUCUACCACCACUUCACCACGGCCAUCAACACGGAGAACAUCAGGCUGGUGUUCCGGGACGUCAAGGACUCCAUCCUCCAUGACAACCUCAAGCAGCUCAUGCUCCAAUGACCCCCGCCAACCCGUGAGAGCAGAGGACCUGAACGGGGGACAGCUCACUCCCCGUGCCUGACUAUUACCAGGACUUGGGAGAGACUAGCCUCUGAA